GAAGAAAAUGAAGGAUACGUAUAUCCGUACGCUUACAGCAACUCUAGUAAUCAAGAUAAUAAUGGCCACUAUGCUGGGGCAUCCCAGCAGACUCUUCAAAAGAUCGACAGUAAUCCCUCGAUAGCAUCAGCCCCCAAUACCACGCAAGAAGCUGGUAUCUCAUCGACCACGUCUGUACAACCACACCAGAACACUUCCAUGUCCGACUUCUUCAAUGACAUGUUUCAACCGCCGCCUUCAGUGGUUAAUGGUAGUCGUAAAGAUGAUAAUGAACAAGAUCCUGAAUGGGGAUAUGAAGACUACCGCCCUAAAAUGCGCAACGUUGUUAAUGAUCGUGACCAUUAUAUGAGGUCUUCACGGAUACGACCCUUUUCACGAAGUUCAGAUCAGUUCAGGAGAAAGUACGACAAAAGUCGAGGUUGGAGUGGCAUUCAUUCUGAUAUGGAGGGGUAUACAACUGAUGAUGAAGGUGUUCCUUUGCUCUCCCGGAAGAAUUUUCGACCAGGUCAACUGAAGAAAAGAAUCUUAGAUUGCCCUCAACUCCUUCUCACUGUUAUCGUCUGCAUUGGUAUGGUGAUGGCUUGUAUGAUUCUUUUGGCUUCUUGGACCGCAUCGCCACUCGGCAACGUUAAAAUCAAGAUGGGGCGAGUGUUAGCCACCGACAAGGAGUUAAUUUUUGAUUUGCAUAUUCAUGCCGUUAAUUAUAACUGGUGGACGUUACAUAUAUCAUCGGCUGAGCUUGGAGUUUUUGCUUCCAGCAAGUUGGUACCCGACGGGCUCUCAUCAGCUAAUAACUACACUCAUGCAGCUGAGCCAGCAGAAUAUUUGGGAAGUCUUUACAAAUUUGAUGAGGCGUUGUAUUUUCCAGCCAGAAUUUUUGCAGGUGACCGAGAAGAUCCACCAACUACCCAGCUUCGUAUCAAAUCACCAGGUGCGGACAAAGGAGGCAACGAACGUUGGUCACGCAUGAUAAGAUACCCGUACGCGCUCAUUGUGAGAGGCGUAUUACGAUAUCCUCUGUUGCCGUUCCUUGGCUCGCAUAUAGAAUCAGUCGCUGUUUGUCACGUCUCUCAUGUUGACCCUGCUACUGGCAAAGUGUCAGACGAAAAGGAUCAAAGUUUCUGCUUAUCGGACAGUUAACGCUGCCCUCUCUCUUGUUUACUUGAAAAAACUGAC